AGAGAGAGAGAGAGAGAGAGAGAGAGAGAGAGAGAGAGAGAGAGAGAGAGAGAGAGAGAGAGAGAGAGAGAGAGGGGGAAGGCGGCGUAGACAAGCAGCUAUGGCGAAAAGUGCAACGACAGAGGAAGCCGAUCGGCAGCUUCUAGAGAAUGUGGACGUGCUUGUGAAGGAGGAACUGAAGGUGGUAUCGUAUAAAUGGCUUAGCCGUGCGUUCUCCAUUCCCUGUAAUGCCGCGAAGAAGGUGCUGGCUCGCUACGCAGAGGAGCAAGAAGGCGUCAAUGGAAACGAGAUGGAGGUGGAAAAUGGCGACGAUCAGAGGAAGAAGAAAGGCCCAGUUGUUGUCAUUUACCUAGUCUCGGGAUGGUCGAAGACAGAACCGAAGACUUUCCUUUUUCAGCUGACUUCCAAGGACAAAUUAGAGAGCGUGAAAGGACAGCUAGCUUCGGUCUCGUCCGUACACGUGUACAGCGUGCAGCCGUCAUUACCGAAAGACCCCGCUGAGCUUUGGACAGUCGACCAUCUGCAAGCGCAGGAGCUUUUCAAUCAACCUGUCGAAUACGACAACUGCUUGCGCGACAACAGAUACAGUGCGGUGACGUGUCCUCUUGUGAAGCGCAAUUUGGCGGGAAACUCGCGCAAGGUGACUGCGCCCCCCCCUGACAGCGGAGCUGGAGGAGUUCGUGGCGGUUUGGCUUCGACUUCUGGAUCUGGAUCUGGAUCUGGAUCUCGACCUGAAGCCGGUGCUGUUGCUGGUUCAGCGAAACCAACCUCCGUCUCCACUGCCCCUCUCGGGGUCAAUGCCAAUCGUCAAGGAGGAGGAAGAGGAGGGGGAGAAGUAGAGGGAGGAGAGGGUGGGGGUGGGAAGCGGUUGUUAGCCUCGGAAUCAUCAGGUGGGGCAGAUGGGGGAAAACCACCUCUUCAUCCUCCAAGCGCCACGGGGGUUCCCCCUGGUCUCUCUUCAGGCAUUGGUGGCGGAGGGAAACCUAAUGCUGCGGGCUCCACGUCAGCGAAGACGGGAAUGGGUAGCGGGGGUGCAAAUACUGCUUCGGGGGGGAAGAAGAAGGGUUCUUCUGCUGGAGGCGGUAGUCUGGCCGGUCUAUGGGGUCGUGCAGCGGCGGCGUCGAAUAAUAAUAAUAAACCCAAUGCGAAGAAGGACGCUGCCAAGUCGUCAGCGGCGGUGGGGUUGUCAUCAUCAGGCGCGCGCGCGGAGAAGGAGAAGGAUGAGCAAUGCCGCGGAAGGGGGGACUCCGCCACGGGUGGAAAGCAGCCUGGUCUUGCCGCCAACGCAGAGGCGAAGAUUAUAGCUAUGGAGGAGGAGAUGGCUGAAGCGGAGAGCAGCGACGAUGAUUAUUCCUCCUUUUCGCAUGGAAGGAGGAAGAGGGCAGCUCAGGAAGGAGGAGGUGGGGGAGGAGGAGGUAGUCGAGUUGUAGCGGGGAGGAGGAGAAGGUGGAUGGUAGAUGACGACGAGGACGAAGAAGAUGGCGAUGGCGCGAUGGAUCGGGCGGAGUGCGCGGAUGCGGCGGGGAAUGGCGGCCCGGCGGGAGGUCCCCUUCGCGCUAGCAGCGAUGAUGCUCAACAAGCUAUUCCUGUCGGAAAUGGGGGGAUGAAAGAAGAACGGAGACGCGGAUUGCAGGAGGAGGAGGAGGAGCAGGUGGAGGAUAGGAUUGAGGAGGAGGUGAUCCACUUAGGGAACGGUGGAGAUGGCAGAGAGAAAGAAAGCGGCGCGAGGGUAAGUUAUGAGCAGAGAGAGGUUGGAGGGGAGGUAGGCAAGUCGAGAGAAGAAGGAAAUGGCGCGAAUGCGAAUGUGGCGGGAAAAACAGACAGAGAGGGCAUGAAUGUGGCGGGAAGAACAGACAGAGAGGGCGCGAAUGUGGCGGGAAGAACAGACGGAGACGGCACAAAUGUGGCGGGAAGAACAGACAGAGAGGGCACAAAUGUGGCGGGAAGAACAGGCAGAGAGGGCAAACGGGAGGACAGACCGAAUGGCGGUGCCUCGACUGUUGAUGAGGUGUCCAGGAAGGACCACGUGUCGGCAUCUCUGAAGAAGCGUUCGAUGAAUGGUGAGGGGAAAACAGCAGCAGCAGGAAGCCGAGGAAGAGGAGAGGGGGAUAUGGCGCCUCCAGCGACCGGGAGUGGGUUUGGCGGGAAAAUGGUAGGAGAAAGGGCAUCCUGCGAAGCAGCGAUCAGUAAUGGCGGGAAAGAUGGAGGGCUAAUUAAGAAGCGAAAGGUCGUACGGACGAGGAUCGAUGAGCGCGGGAGAGAGGUUACAGAGGUGGUCUGGGUCAAUGAGAAUAACGAUGAAGUGAAAACCGAUGAGGAUGUGAAAACGAGUACAAGAGACACCGCAGCAGCAACGAAGCACCAGCACGAGCAAGCGGGAGUUUUCUCUGGUGCUCGGGAUUCGGAUAAGUCUGGCAAGCCCGCUGGUGGCCCCUCAACUCCGAUAGCAGCUGGGGCGGGAAAGAGCUCGGCGGCUAUGGCGGCAACGACGACGGCGCCGCAUUCUUCCUCCUCUUCUGCACAUAAGGCGGGUGGUUCGGGCGCAGGUGGAGGAGGAAAAGGUGGGGGGGUAAGUAGGACAUCGGCGGGAAAGGGAGGGGCAGGGAAAAAGGCGGCAGUCAAUCAACCUGGCAUCAUGUCCUUCUUCAGCAGGAAGCCGUCGUGAAUCGAUGGUUUACAAUCGGUGGCUUACGUGUAUAUAUAUAUCUUUGAUUCUCACUGGGAAUGGCAUGCCGGUCGCCAUUCUUUGGUUCAGCAAGAACGGUUGUGGUGCUGAGCAAGCUGCUGAGGGAGCAUUAGUAAUUCCUGGAGUCGAGAAACCUCUCUCCACAGGGGGGGUGAGGGCGUUCACAACCCAUCUAUCAAGAGCGUUGACAUUGAUGUGGCGAGAGCGAGCGUGUCUGUGAACCCGCGGCUGUAUAAGGACUGUUCAUGGCCAUGCGACCCGUUCAAACAUGUGAGGUGGGCGAGCAUUCGCUAAUUUGCGGCUUCUUCCUGUUGCGCUGGGCAAGAUGCUGAUGUAAGAUUACUCUUGCUGGCAUGGAGAAACCGCUCAUUCCCAUUGGCGAGAGCGUUCACAGCUAUUUGUCUUGCAGAGCAUUGACGUUGAUGCUGCAACAACAUCCCCAGUCGUCGUAAAGGAGAACUACAGUCUGCGUGGAAAGAGCAUGUGGCAUUUGCAUUCAGACGUAUGUGGUGAAGCGGUCCAUUUCAGGUCCCGUUGGUGAGAGCGUUCACAGCUAUUCGUGUGCAGAGCAUUGCCAUUGAUGCCGCAACAACAUCCCCAGUCGUCGUAAAGAAGAACUACAGUCUGCAUGGAAAGAGCAUGUGGCAUUUGCAUUCAGACAAAUGUGGCGAAGCGGUCCGUUUCAGGUGAGGCACGAACAUUCUGAAAAUUUGUGGUAUCGAGCGAACAUGGUGUUUGUAUGGCAAUAAUGCUCACUUUCCGUCUGUGUGGUGGAAACGCCCUUAGCUGACCAGGAAGAGAGCAGCGGCAGCUGCUUUAUACGAGACAGGUGCUCACUUCCCGUCUGACAGUGUGCAGUCACAGCGCCCGUAGUUGAGUGUGUUGAAGAGAGCAGCGACAUCGCUUACACGAGGUAGAUUUCUCUUCUCCAGUUUCUUGUUCUUCCGAGCGGCAAGAGUGCUCUACGUACCAUAGGAGCUGAAGAUGAUGUGUGACGUUCGAUAUCCUUGUGUUUGUUUUUUGCCCUGGAUCUCGCGCGAACGAUUGUGUUCAAAGGCUCCGAAGAGUCCUCCCUCAGGCAAUCUGGGAUGAGCGUUGCAGAAUGAUUCUCAACACGGAAGACAUGUCAUGUCGUUGCGGUGGUAAACAAGGGGGAGAUGCGAAGAUUUCAUCAGGGGCAAAGCACUGGUUGCCUCUGUGCUGAGCAGACUCUGUCUAGUACAUGUCAGAAUGCAGUCGUUCGAUGUCGAUGGCGCGGCAUGUUGAAAGUUAGCUUGCGCAUUGCCAAGUCAGCGUACAGGGUGGUGAACAGCGCAGAUGCUGUAGAAAGCGAGCGCGUGAUUCUGUUACAGACAAGAGCUGCAGAUAUGAGGUGUCAGCAGGCCUCAUAUGCCAGCUGACGAACUGUUGCGUGUCAGCCUUUCGUGGUAAGGGUGAUGGGCAGUGGCGUGGCUGUAGAAAGCGAGUGCGUGAUUCUGUCAUAGAUAAAAGCUGCAGACAUGAGGUGUCAGCAGGCCUCAUAUGUCAGCUGACGAAUUGCCGCGUGUCAGCAUUUAGUGGGGAGAGGCUUUGGGAAGCCAGCAGAUGAUUCUUUUACACCCAGGAGCUGCAGACGUGAUGGAUGUCUCGCCAGCAGGCAUUCGACGCCAGUUGGCGAGCUGCCACAUGUCAGGAUAUGGUGGUCGUAAGGGUGGUGAAUUGUGAAGAUGGUGGGGAAACCCGUCCGAUGAUUCUCUUACUGCCAAGAGCUGCGGACAUGAGGCGUCAGCGGCCAUCAGAUGCCGGUUGGCAAAUUGUCGUGCGUGAGCAUGUCAAGGCAAAUAUUAUUACAUAGUAGUGGUAAUGAUGCAGAGCAGUGGAGACGGUAUGGAAAGCCAGCAGGUGGUUCCUUUUACAGCCAAGAAAGAGUGCAGACCUGAGGUCUAAGCAGUCAUCAGGUGCCGGCUUGGAAAUCGCCAUGUGUCGACCACAUAUAGCGGUGAGGGUGGUGACUGGUAAAGAUGAUGUGUGAAAGGCGGCAGGCGAUCGUCUUACGGCCACGAACUGCAGACAUGAGGUGUCAGCUGGCAGGUCGUCAUUCGUUUACAGCCAAGAGCUGCAGACGUGCAGAUUGUGACCGGGCUUGAUACCUUGUGAGGCAUCAAAGGCAAAGGCGCAGAAUCACAUAGACACUGGAGAGAGCUGCAGAAUGACACACACCCUGCAGAGAGCUGCAGAAUGACACAGACUCUGCAGAGAGCUGCAGAAUCUAUGUUCACAGCCAACCAAUCGGUUGAACGGUUGAACCCGCUCUCGAUGAGGAUUCAAUGAAAUUUUGAUCUCGGU